AUGGAUGCUGAAAACUCGACUAAAACAAUUGUCGAAUCAUGGUUUAUUCCAAUUGAUAUUCUUGCAAUUAUCUUGAAUGCCAUAACUACAAUCCUGGCGAUAAUAGCUUUAACUAUAAUUACUUGCGACAGAUCGUGUCGAACCGCUAGUUCGAUGAUCCUUGUUGGAAAUUCGUGCGUGGCAACAUUGAUGUUUGCAGUUGAAAUACUUUGUAUGAAUGUGUUUACUCUCCAGAAUGAUCUGAAUCAGAUUCGAUAUGAAUAUCCACUUUGUGUCGUACUUGGAUGUUUAAAUUACACAGUAUGUGCUAUGGAAAACUAUUCGUUUCUCUUACAGGCGAUGUAUCGAUAUUUAUUAAUUGUUUACCCAACUCGUACUUUCUGGCAUUCAUGGCAAAUGCAAAUGUUAUACAUUUGUAUUUCAUCGAUCAUGGUUGGUAUUUUACCAAUAUUAUUUCUGUUUACGGGACAGCGCACAUAUGAUGUGGACAAUCAAAUGUGUCAAAUGUAUCUUCGAUUUUCUUUUCCAGUCGUUUACAUGGCGGUUUGUCUCUAUGUCAAUUUAUUUUAUCUUAACUCGAUAUGUUAA